AUGAGGCUCACAGCAGACCUCAUCCAAUCCUCCCUCUCCUACCUCAACCCGCUCAGAGAGCGCGAACUUGAUCUCCGAGGACACAAAAUCCCAGCGAUUGAGAAUCUCGGUGUUGCGGGCCCUCACGAUGCGAUCGAUUUCACCGACAACGAUAUCCAGAUGCUAGGGAACUUCCCGCUGUCCCCACGGUUACGGACGCUGCUGCUCGCGCGGAACAGAAUCUCGAGCAUUCAACCGUCGCUCGCGAAUUCGAUACCCAAUCUCACGACGCUGGUGCUCACGUUGAAUAACUUUGCCGAGUUGGCCGAUUUGGAUGUGUUGGCUACGUUUGGGCGCCUUACGCACUUGGUGCUGUUGGAGAACCCCGUGACGAGGAAAGAGAAUUAUCGUUACUGGGUCUUGUGGAGAUGUCCAACUGUGAGAUUCCUGGAUUAUAAGAAGGUGAAGGAUGUGGAGCGUGAGAAGGCAAAGGAGCUGUUUGGCACAGCUUUGGAGCCAUCUCCCCUUGCUUCAAAGAUCAUGGGCGUCAAGUCCAAGACUUUUGACAUCCCUUCAGCGAAUGGUGCCUCGGCCAACUCGUCAUCGAAGAACUACCGGGUUAAGCUGACGGAAAAGGAGCGCAAGAAGGUCGAGGAGAUGAUUAGAAACGCGAAGAGCUUACAGGAGAUCAUACGCUUAGAAAAAGAGCUGAACGAAGGGAGGGUCCCACUUGGUGCACAAGGAGCUGAUGAGGCCAUGGAGGAGUAG